CGGCGCCUCUGCCACCAAACUCCUGGGGCUCCGCGGUGUUCGGAGCCAUCUCCUCCCUAACCCUCUCACCAGGCUGCAGCUUUACUUUUUCCUCGUCUUUCUUUUUCUUUAAAAAAGCACAUUUGUCUCCUCUUUCUCUUUCUCUCUUCUGAUCACCGCAGCCCGGACCUUCCCGGACUCUUCUCUCCGGGGCUGCCCAUCCCUCCGGCUGCCGGUGAGGACGCGCGCCCAGCGUUGGGCAAAGCAAAGAAGAAAAACUUGUCGGAGGGGUUUCUCCAGCCUCCACUAAUCCCCCCCCCUUCUCCCGCGAACCCCAACAACCCGCCGGGGCCAGCCCUAAGUCUGGGAAAGUUCCUCCGGUGCUCAGCGCCCUCUUGGAUCUGCACGGCACCGGUGCUGGCUGUGGAAUUAGAUCUGUUUUGAACCCAGUGGAGCGCGUCGCGGGCGCUCGGAAGUCACCGUCCCCUGGAGCCCGGGUGGAGCUGCUUGCGAGAACCCGGGAGUUUGCCAGCCCGGCUGCAAGUGACCUUUCCUCCCCACACUUGCUGGUACUGUGUCGGCUGAGGACUGCGAGGGUGGCAAGUUGAGAAGAGAGCCCCCGAAGUUCGGAGAGGGCUGGGCUGCCCCUCCUUCGCUCGUCGCUGUUCUCUGCUACUGGGAGUGAAAGCCCUAUUGAAACUGACCAAGGCCUAAGGAUCCCACCCGACACCCACCCUCAGAGCUCGGCCGUUCGCCCCAUCCCCACGGAGAGCCCCGGAGCCCAGGGCGGCAAGGAAAACUCGCGGGGCAGGGGAGGGAAGUCGAGGCAGCGGCAUGGCGAGGUUCCCGAGGGCCGACCUGGCCGCAGCAGGAGUUAUGUUACUUUGUCACUUCAUAACCAACCGAUUCCAGUUCGCACACGCGGAGCCUGGAAACCAAAUCACUGAUUGGAAGUAUGAUGUUUCAAAGGCUUUUCCUCAAAGAGAAGAUGGGGUGGAUGUGGAUUCACAAACAUACAGCCACAGGUGGAAAAGAAAUUUGGACCCUUUUAAGGCAGUGGACACGAACAGAGCCAGCAUGGGCCAAGACUCACCAGAGCCCAGAGGCUUCACUGACCUGCUACUGGAUGAUGGGCAGGACAAUGCCACCCAGAUCGAGGAAGACACAGAUCACAAUUACUACAUAUCUCGGAUAUAUGGCCCAGCAGAUUCUGCCAGCCGAGACCUGUGGGUGAACAUAGAUCAAAUGGAGAAAGACAAAGUGAAGAUACACGGGAUACUGUCCAACACUCAUAGGCAAGCAGCGAGAGUGAACCUGUCCUUCGAUUUUCCAUUUUAUGGUCAUUUUCUACGUGAAAUCACUGUGGCAACUGGGGGUUUUAUAUACACUGGAGAAGUUGUACACCGAAUGUUAACAGCCACACAGUAUAUAGCACCUUUAAUGGCAAAUUUUGACCCCAGUGUAUCGAGAAAUUCAACCGUCAGAUACUUUGAUAAUGGUACAGCACUUGUUGUUCAGUGGGACCAUGUCCACCUACAGGAUAAUUACAACCUGGGAAGCUUCACAUUCCAAGCAACACUCCUCAUGGAUGGACGCAUCAUCUUCGGAUACAAAGAAAUUCCUGUCUUGGUCACCCAGAUAAGUUCCACCAACCAUCCAGUGAAAGUCGGGCUGUCGGAUGCAUUUGUCGUUGUCCACAGGAUCCAGCAAAUCCCCAAUGUUCGAAGAAGAACAAUUUAUGAAUAUCACCGAGUAGAACUACAAAUGUCAAAAAUUACCAACAUUUCAGCAGUGGAGAUGACCCCACUCCCCACAUGUCUCCAGUUCAAUGGUUGUGGUCCUUGUGUAUCCUCUCAGAUUGGCUUCAACUGCAGUUGGUGCAGUAAACUUCAAAGAUGUUCCAGUGGAUUUGAUCGCCAUCGGCAGGACUGGGUGGAUAGUGGAUGUCCGGAAGAGUCAAAAGAGAAGAUGUGUGAGAGCACAGAGCCAGUGGAGGCAUCUCAAACUACCACGACCUUACACACAACGACCAUGCAAUUCAGAGUCCUGACCACCACCAGGAGAGCCGUGACAUCCCAGCUGCCCACCAGCCUGCCCACGGAAGAUGACACAAAGAUAGCACUGCAUCUCAAAGAUAAUGGAGCCUCCACAGAUGACAGUGCAGCUGAGAAGAAAGGAGGAACCCUCCAUGCCGGCCUCAUCGUUGGAAUUCUUAUCCUGGUCCUCAUUAUAGCAGCGGCCGUUCUGGUGACAGUUUAUAUGUAUCACCACCCAACAUCAGCAGCUAGCAUCUUCUUCAUUGAGAGACGCCCAAGCAGAUGGCCAGCAAUGAAGUUUCGAAGAGGAUCAGGACAUCCUGCCUAUGCAGAAGUUGAACCAGUUGGAGAGAAAGAAGGUUUUAUUGUAUCAGAGCAGUGCUAAAAUUUUAGAACAGAGCAGCACCAGUACUGGCUUACAGGUGUUAAGACUAAACUUUGCUUAUACCUUUAAAACAGACAGACACACACCCGCAGCCACAACAAAGGAACCCUAAACUGCUGUAGCCAGAAGGGAGACAAGAUUUCUGGACGAGCCCAGCCCAGGAACAUUGAAAGGAAAACUCAGACUUGUACAAGACACCAUGUACACUGACUAUAAGAUUCCCUAGUAGAAUGGCAUCCAUGGUUCACGAGGAACAUCUGUGGACUUGCCAGAAGUGUGACAAGAUGACAAUGUUUUUGGUUUAGGUGCAGGGUUGCAAAGGGAUCAAGGAAAGAAUAAUGAUAAUAAAUAAAGCUUUAGUUCACAAGGGAUCUAUACCUUUGGUUCAAAUGUUCUUCUCUGAUGUCUCAAAGAUAACCAUGUUCCAAAGCCUGAAUGCUUUCACUGGAAAGAGCGAUGAUGAAUGUUCCAAGAUUUGCUUGCUCACAGGAGAGCAAAAACCAAACACAAAUGGAGGUUUUUCUUUCUUUUCCAAAACAGACUUUCAGCAAAAGGAUUUUAUUUUUUGCUCUAGAUGCAGUUGUUCCAGCAAGUUCAUUACUUCACAAGAUAAAUCUUUUAUCUAUUCAAAAGUUCACUAGGCCUGCCUCUUCCUUGGUAAUGAACACCCUUUCUGUGAGCUGUGACACAGUUUCCAAAUGUUAAGCUAAGGGCUAGUGAGGAGAGCAUAGCCAGUGAGGUUUUCCAUUCUCUCAUUUAAGAAUAAAGUGAGUUUCAUUUUCAGAGGCACCGUCUCCUCUCCCACCUGGAGCCCCAUGAAGCCUCAUUUGCUCUUGGCUAAUAGAAAUAGACAGAAAUAACAGGGAGAACUGUGUGAUCAUUUUUUGAGACAAAUAUCUUAAGGGAUUUUUGAAUACCCCCCCUUUUUUUUAAGAUCACCAUGUCUGUAUGACAAACACAUUUCAUUGUCAAUUCCUGUCUAAGAAACUAUUCAAGUCAACAUAUCCCUGGUGAUAGGGGGGAAAAAGAAUGAAAUAACCCUGCUGAAUCACGCAGCAAUUUUCUUUAAAGCACAUAGUAGUUACAUAAAUAUAUAUAUAAAUAUAAAUAUAUUUUGUUUAUAACUAACACAAGGCAGGCUCUUGUGGCUCUAAAGAGUGUAUUUUGUCAUCAAGACAAAACAAAUGCAAGAUGUAUCACUGCAUUCCUUCCACAACAUUGUAAGAUAAUCCUUAAUAUUAGAAUAUUUUUAUGUCACUUCUAGAAGUGGUUCAUUUAGUUGCGGCAUGUAUUAUUUUGCUGCUUAUUGGAUCCACUCUUUCAUUCAUACCAACCCUUUCGCUCCUUGAUUCAAAGAAGCAGUUGUAUAUGUCCCUUAAGUGGAGUUCUCAUUUAUAAUCCGAUUGCAAUCUAAAUUUUGAAAAUUUCCCCUAACUAAGGAAAGGAAAUGCACCAAUUGAGGAGGAAAGUUGUUCAGGUAAACCAUAUAUCUAAACAUGAGUUCAGGUACCGUGGCAUAGUAUUCCACCAAUCACUUGACCUGUAAAACCUUUGCAUUCUGUGCCAAGAAAAAGUCCUGGUUCUUACAAAGUACAACAUUUGCAGAUUCAAGUCUCACAAAGCAAAGAUUCUGAACAGUAGCACUUCACUGACAGUUUAUAAUCUGUGUACAAUGUCUACACUGGACAGCAUCCAUCCUCUAGCAGAAUGUCACGUUAUCUUCCCCAGUUUCUUACAUAGUCGAGGACUCUUUUCUGUCACAUGUAUUUUGCUUUCCACCUUGGAGGACUUGAUGGUGGUCACUUUUCCCUAAACUCAGCUAAAAGUAUCAGGAAACAGAGAUGGGAGAGCCACAUGAUUGUAGGAUGUGAUGACAAUCUGUGCCCCAGUUAUGCUCAAGUUAUAAGAAAUAUCUCAGCUCAUUCUUGUUGGUAUAGUUUUGGUGAGAAAGCAGUAGCCAAAUGACUCGCCGAUGUAACUGGUGCAGCUGGCAUUCUACAGACACCUAAAGUGCACAUGGACGACUUUCCUUUCAGGAUAAGAUAAGGAUGCUUUCACGAGCUUUGGCAAUAAGCAUGGCUUCCAACAGCAAUGAAUUGGCAGCCACAUAAAUCUCUUUGCAUCUGCAUCUCACUCCUAACGUAAUUCCUACAAGCAGCAAUGAAUUGGCAGCCACGUAAAUUUCUUUGCAUCUAUAUCUCCCUCCUAACAUAAUUUCAACAUGUAGUAAUAUUAUUCUUAUAUCCUUCAAAGCUCCUCUUCCAUUUUAUUUUACUUAAAACAGUUGAUAAUUUUCUUAAACAAAUACACAAGACCCUCUGAAUUAUUCAGUAUAUCAAAGCACCAAGUAACGCGGGGUAGGGGGGAGACUUGGAAGCAAGAAGGAUUCUAAGUUGUGUGGAAACUUUCCAAGAUAACCGAGAGAGAGAAUAAGAAGUUCUGCUUUGUAAGAAUCCACAAAAAUAUUGAUAGAGUCUAUUUGCUCUAUGAAACUUUAAUUCUGUUUGUGUUCCUGGUCUGUUCUUGAAUCCUGUUUGCUUCAGAAGAAGGGCAUAUAGGGUUUCUAGAAAUUUCAAAAAGGAGUCCAGUAUUGUGGACUUUAUAUAAAUUAUGCAUUACAAAGGGUAGACACAAGUACCUUAGUCAACAUUCUGUGAGCAUGAAAAAAGAAUGAUAAUGGUGUUCUUAUGAGAAUAAUAACAGUGGGAUGCAUACAACCUUAAGGAGAAACCAGGGAAAUGGUGCUGCAAAGGAACUUAGCUAUUUUACCUUAAUUGUAAGAGUAAUUAAUGAUCAGGGGUCAGAGUUACUAAUCAACCAACCUGAUGGCACAUGCCAUCUAUUGGCUUGUUUGUGAAUGGUUGAGACCUUAAGGUACACUAACAAAAAGAAAGAUAAAAGUUAACGGUAAAGGGCAAUUGAGCACAAAUGUUUUUCUGUAAGGUUUCUAGGGUGUUUCUAGAUAUCUCAAAUGUAUAAUCUAGAGAGGUGCUGUCUACUAUUAUGUCUACUGGCCAAUUAUGGCUAGUGAUUUUUAGAUUAAAUACAAUUUAUAUUCAAACUUCUGGUCACAUUUAAAGUGACCCAUAGCUGUAUUUGGCUCAUGGCUACCAUUGUGGGAUACACACAUUUCUAAUUUUGCAGAAAAUUUUACUAUAAAUUACUAUAAUGUUUCAAUUGAACUACUUGUUCUUGAAGGAAAUAGAGGAAGGAAGGAAGGAAGGAAGGAAAGAAGGAAGGAGGAAAGAAGGAAGGAAGGAAGGAAGGAAGGAAGGAAGGAAGGAAGGAAGGAAGGAAGGAAAUAUGAUAUCUCUUAGACACAUUCAAACAUAUUUUUUGUGAUAUGAGAGAAGCCUCAUAGAGAAAUGAAAAGAAUAGUAGUUGACGUGGCUUUGUGUCUUCAUAGUGUUUUCUUGGAAAAAUUACUUCAAUUUCCAUGAGUCUCAAUUUUCAAGUUGGAAAAAAAAAUAAAUAUGUUAUCCCGUCUUUUUUGCAAGAUUGUUUUGCAGACUGAUUAUACAGAUGUAAAGACUUUCAAAACCAUUCAUCAAUGCAAUCUUUAAAGCACAUCUGUAGGGCCAGCACCAAUUUGCACACAAAGUAAGAAUAGUCCAUCAUUCCAAAAAGCAACUAAAGACAAUCAAGGCAAUACAUUCUUGAGAAAGUGUCAAAGCACAUAGCAAAACUGCUUGAAUUUUUUUGUCCAUUUUUUUGUUUUGUUUUGGUUCAUGUUUUUUUCCUAGCUCUUUUUCUUAUUUGCCCAAUUGCUGUGUCUCCUCCAACUGCCUGGACUCUUUCUGAUGUGGAAUCACUUGGUGCCUCUUAUUUUUCUGCCUUUUUGCAUGCUUUACAUUUUACAAUAAUAAGAAUCUGAGGAUCUUAGCAGAGGCUCUUUUGAAAACAAACAAAUGGUACUGCAAAUAUUAGCUAUCUCAUAUUUAUUUUAUUUCUAUUACAAAUGUAAGGAGCUAUGAAGUUAAAAUAUAAAUAUGAUGGAGACUUGCUUUUUAAUGUAAAUUCUGCAAAUGAAGACUUUAUAAAAGGAAUAAAAUUACCUUAAAAAUGCUCAUGUUCAUAUAAUAUAUAAUGUGGGAAGGCAUCUCAUACAACCUGUUCAUUUUACUGAUAAGAAAAUCAAGGCUUAAAUACAAACAAUAGUUUUCUCACUAUUGUCAAAGUGGGUUUUGAAUUUAAAAUUCUCAAUUGGUCUUUUUUGUUUCAAUUGUUAUUGCUUGCAUUUCUUGUAAGCAAUUAAGACAACCAAACAGGUUAAAGUCAUAAUCCAUGACAAAACCAACUUUAUUUGCUCUCUAUAUCAUAUACUGUAGUAUGAAACAACCUUCAUGUAUCCUGUUACUAUCUUAAAAACGCUGUUAUUCUAUUUCAAAUUCCAUCUCUUGUAGGGUCCUUAUGUGUUCCCUCUCCCAUCUUCUCAGCUGUGGUCAUCAGGUUAGCAAUGCUAUUUAUCUUUGUCAUUUAACUGUUCUUCUGCCUUUGUUUCAUUUCUACUCAAUUGUAUUUGAAAACUAAUACUGUUUAUUGAAGAGUUUCUACAACAUAGAUGAUCAGUUUUUACUUGUUCAUGAAAACCAUUUGGAAACUUGUGUCCCAAGAAGGUCUUAUGGGGAAAUAUUCUGAGAUUAGAGGUGUUGCCUAUGAUAUACUCAUAUUAUUGUGUUUUUAUAAAGCACUUUACAUUUUA